GUCUCUCUUUCUUUUCCAGUUGGGGGUGUUGUUGUAUCUCUGUCCCCCCUCUCUUCUUCGCGUUUUCUCCAGAACACCUUUUUUUGUCCCUUUACUUUUCAUUGAAAUCUUUCUCACAAUAUUAUUAGCAAUAAUAAUUCAAUUUAACUUUGAUUAUUGUCAUUAGUAGCGGUAAUUAGUUUGACCAGAACUCUUGGGAGGGAGAGGGUGGCUAUUUAUUUGCCCCACAUUCAAUUUUUAUUUAAUUUCUGCGAAAAGGAGAGAGAUCUGAGAAAGUGAUAGAAAUACAAGAAGCAAGGUUUUGCAGAGAAGAGAUCUGAGGGGUGUGUGUGGAUUCCUUUCUUUGGUGGGUGAAAACUGAAAACCAAUUGGAAGCUUACUUCUUUCUUUUCCUUUAUCCCUUCUCCUUCGUCUUCAGGUCACGUGUGACAGUUAGAAGAUUGAUUGAUACAAAAACUCAUUAAUUUUUUUUGUAUUAUACAAAAAAUACGAAAAAAGGAGGAAAAACUUGAAGAUGAUGCGUAUGAGGACUAAAUUGACAGGACUGUCACCUAUGAAUGGCAACACAGCCAAUGGAGACCGACACCAAGGUGUUGGAAAUGGCGGCCGCGGUGGUGGUGUUGGUGUUGGUGUCGGUGUCGGUGGAGGAGAAAGUGAAAGAGAAGGGGUGGAGAAUUGGGAGAUGCGGCCGUGUGGGAUGUUGGUACAGAAGAGAGUAGACGAGGAUCAAAAUGUCAAACCAACACCAACUAUUCGGGUUCGGGUCAAAUACGCGUCAAUCUAUCAUGAAAUCUACAUUAAUUCCCAGGCUUCAUUUGGGGAAUUGAAGAAAAUGUUAGCAGAGCCAACAGGGUUGCAUCAUCAAGAUAUGAAGGUGUAUUACAAGGAUAAAGAGAGAGAUUCAAAGGAGUUUUUGGAUAUUGUUGGGGUGAAGGAUAAAUCGAAAUUGGUAUUGGUGGAGGAUCCAAUUAGUCAGGAGAAAAGGUACCUUGAAAUGAGGAAGAACGCUAAAAUGGAGAAAGCUGCCAAGACUAUUUCAGAGAUCAGCUUACAAGUUGAUAGACUUGGCGGUCAGGUGUCAGCUCUUGAAUCAGUGAUCUCGAAAGGGGGAAGAGUAGCAGAGAAGGAUGUUGUGGGUGUCAUUGAAUUACUAAUGAAUGAACUGAUCAAAUUAGACGGUAUUACCGCCGAUGGAGAUGUGAAGUUGCAACGAAAGAUGCAGGUGAGACGAGUUCAGAAGUAUGUGGAGACUUUAGAUGUGUUGAAGGCCAAAAACUCAACACCAGCAGCAAAUGGAGCUCAUACAACAAACAACGAAAAUCAACAGAGAUAUUCAAAUGGGAAUGCUAAAAACUCAGUCAUUGGUAAUGGUUAUAGUCAAGAGAAAACAUCAAAUUUGGGAAAACCGCCCCUUCCAUCACAGCGACAAAGGAAUUCUAUAGGCCACUCGCCAUUACAGCCAAAGCCGCAGCAAGAGCCAUCAAGGCAUUCAACUUCCGCGGCUGGGACUGUUGUAACAACACAAUGGGAGACUUUCGAGUCUGCACCGCCACUUAUCCCGGUUUCCCCUACAUCAUCACCGGGAUCAGUCACUCCAAAGCUCUUCAACCCCAAGUUCCCUUGGGAUUUUGAGUGAGGAACUUUAUACAUAUCCCCCUCUUAUAUGUUUAUGUGUGUGGAUGUGUAUUUUUUUUUACUUUUUUUUCACUUUUCACAUUCCGAUAUCUGUGUCCAGUUGGAUUUGGUUUCAGUUUGUUCAUUCUUUUCUGUAUCUAGAUUUUGUUAGCACCCCCCAUAUUGCCUCACCAUUUGGGAAAUAAACGGGGGGUUGUAUCCAUGAAUAUCGAUUAAUACUACGAUAAAUGGUCCGUCUUAUUUUUA